AUGGCCGUGGCCGGCGACGCCGGCGAGAAGGCGGAAGGAGUGACGAUCAUACCUUGGGUCGGCCAUGGCCCGGGGAAUUGGCCGACGCGCGGCUGGCCGAAGCUAAUGGAGAUUAGCCUCGCCUGUUCGUCCGUCGCCGCCACCCUCUUCGCGUUACACUUCUUCUCCCUCUCCGCCCUGCACGAGUUUCGUUCCGCUGCCGCUCCUGAUCCGUCGCCACUCCGCGUUUGUCAUGCCUGUACUGAAACUGCACUCCCCGUUCACAUCCCUUCUUCUCCAGCCCGUCGGUCCACCACUUCGGCCACGGACAUCGCCUUCUCCAUCACGCAGCAGACUCGCUUUGCCCUCCGCCUCGCCUCCGCCAUCUCCUCAUCCUCCAACUCCAAGGGCUCUUCCGGCAACACCGCCUUCUCCCCGCUCUCCCUCCACGUCUCGCUCAGCCUAGUCGCCGCCGGCGCUGGGGGUGCCACCCGCGACCAGCUCGCCGCCACGCUCGGGGCCGCGCGUCCAGGCAAGUCCGAGGCACUACAAGAACUCGCCGAGCUGGUGGUGCAGCUCGUGCUCUCUGACGCUUCCGGCGCUGGCGGGCCCCGUGUCGCCUACGCCAACGGGGUCUUUGUCGACGCGUCGCUCUCUCUGAAGCCUUCGUUCCAGGAUCUAGCUGUGGGCAAGUACAACUCCAAGAUCCUGUCUGUGGACUUCAAAACUAAGGCUGCUGAAGUUUCUAGUAAAGUGAACUCAUGGGUUGAGAAAAUCACAGCAGGUCUCAUCAAAAAGAUCCUUCCAGCAGGGUCUGUUGAUGCUACCACUAGUCUGGUUCUUGGGAAUGCCCUUUAUUUUAAAGGAGCUUGGACUCAGAAGUUUGAUGCAUCUAAGACAAAAGACGGCAAGUUCCACCUCCUUGAUGGCAGUUCAGUUCAAGCACCAUUCAUGUCCAGUACAAAAAAGCAAUACCUUUUGUCUUCUGACAGCUUGAAGGUACUUAAGCUUCCUUACCAGCAAGGCAGGGACAAGAGGCAAUUCUCCAUGUACAUACUUCUUCCAGAAGCACAUGAUGGUCUCUCGAACUUGGCCGAAAAAUUGAGCACCGAACGAAACUUUAUCGAGAUGCAUAUCCCAGAGAAGAAGGUUCCAGUGGGGCAAUUCAAGCUCCCCAAGUUCAAGAUAUCAUUUGGAUUUGAAGCGUCAGAUUUGCUCAAAGGUUUGGGUCUCCAGCUGCCAUUUAGCGCAGAAGCAGAUCUUUCAGAGAUUGUGGGCUUGCCGGUGGCAAAGAGCUUGUAUAUCUCAUCUCUUCUCCACAAGUCGUUUGUCGAAGUCAACGAAGAAGGAACCGAGGCUGCGGCUGCAACUGCUGCUGCAAUGGUCACACUUAGGUCAAGGCCAGUAGAGCCCAAGAUGGAUUUUGUUGCGGAUCACCCUUUCCUCUUCCUUAUCCGAGAAGACAUCACAGGCGUGGUGUUAUUCAUUGGUCAUGUGGCCAAUCCCCUCAUGUCUUCAUGA